GCGUUUGAAAUGGAGGCAGUUGGUGGUUCUGGAAACGCUCUGUUUUCGGGCAAGGGAAAUGGAUUGGAAGCUUUGGUAGUGAGUAAUUUGAAGAGGGUGCAGGAAGUUGAAGAAGCUAGCAAUGAAGGUUCAAUGUGGAAUUCUGAAGAGGAUGAUGAGAGAACUGAUGAGGUGGUGGUUGAGGAGAGUGGGAAGAAGAAGAAGAAGAAGGGGAUGCCGUCCAAAAAUCUUAUGGCGGAGAGGCGGCGAAGGAAGAAGCUCAAUGAUAGGUUGUACAUGCUUAGGUCUGUUGUGCCAAAUAUUAGCAAGAUGGAUAGAGUUUCGAUACUUGGAGAUGCAAUUGACUACAUGAAGGAGUUACAGCAGCGGGUCAAUGAUCUUCAAAAUGAACUGGAGUCAACUCCAACUAGCUCUUCGCCAUCAUCUUCCACCAGCAUUCAACCUUUGACACCCACACUGCAAACCCUUCCUUGCCGGGUGAAGGAAGAACUGUGUCCCGUGCCAAUCCCAGGAAACCAAACAGCAAAGGUGGAAGUUAAGGUAAGGGACGGCAAAGCUGUCAACAUUCACAUGUUUUGUAGCCGCCGACCAGGUCUUCUGGUCUCUACAAUGCAGGCUUUGGAUAACCUCGGAUUAGAUGUUCAACAAGCUGUUAUUAGCUGCUUCAAUGGUUUUGCUUUAGACAUCUUCAAAGCUGAGCAAUGCAGAGAAGGGCAGGAUGUGCUUCCUGAGGAAAUCAAAGCAGGUCUGCUGGAUUCAGCAGGUAUCCAUGAUAUGAUGUGAUUCAAGUUCUUAAUUGGUAAAUGGAAUUAGAGAAAUGCCAACAGUGAUUGCUGUUGUAACUUGCACGCAGGAUCCAAAUAAAUCUUUACAAAUUACAAUUACUGUCUGUAAGGCAUUACUGGGAAGAUCAAACAGCAAAUUAGCAUAAUUUGAAGGUUGAAAAGUUGUCUUGUGAUAUCUGGUCAUGACUUUUAGAAAAGCAAAUGAUGUCACAUUGUUUUUUUUAAGUCAUGGAUUAUAUCUUGUUUGUUUUAUUUGCCUGUUUAUUUUGGUCAUGGAAUAUUUUUCUUAAAUCUUGCUUCCUCAAAAUUGUGUCUGUUUAAUUUUUAAAAUAGACUUGCUACAAAAAGUUGUCAGUGCCCUAGUUGUUUGUUUUUAAAGGGAUUUCAAUCCUCACUAAUUAAAUAACAGU